UCAAGAGGCGGGGAGCAGAGAAGGAAAAAGCGCUGAGUGAGGGCGGGCGGGAGGGAGUGGAGGAGCCGGGGAGGGGCUCCUUAAAGAAACGCUGCUGUCGCUCGCCUGCUCGCUUCUCUCUCGGCAUUGUGGCCGGCCAGCCGGGCACUCGGGGGGCACGCGCGGCUGCCACUCGAACUCAGCCCCCACCCCACCCGCCAGCAGACCUGGGGUGGGGACCCAGGCGGGGGCUCCCGCAGCCACUGCCCGGCGCGGACCGCACGGAGCGACCCACUCCUUCCGGCGCAGAGAAAGGAGCCACGGAACCCUCUGCAGCCAGCCGGCCUCCCCACCCCGACCGCUCGCUUCCCGGCUGCCUUUGUGGCCAGAUCUUCUGAGCCGAGGGCCGGCGGGGGCGCGGCGCGCACGGCCGAGCGAUGCCCAGCUCGCUGUUUGCAGACCUGGAGCGCAACGGCAGCGGAGGGGGAGGCGGCGGCGGGGGAGGCGGCGGCGGCGGCGGCGGGGGAGAGACCCUGGAUGACCAAAGAGCCCUGCAGCUCGCUUUGGACCAGCUCUCCCUCCUGGGGCUGGACAGUGACGAGGGCGCCUCUCUGUACGACAGCGAGCCGCGCAAGAAGAGCGUGAACAUGACCGAGUGCGUGCCGGUGCCGAGUUCGGAGCAUGUCGCCGAGAUCGUGGGGCGACAAGGUUGUAAAAUCAAAGCGCUGCGGGCGAAGACCAACACUUACAUCAAGACCCCGGUUCGCGGGGAGGAGCCUGUCUUUGUUGUGACUGGCAGGAAGGAGGAUGUGGCCAUGGCUCGGAGAGAGAUUAUCUCUGCGGCGGAGCACUUCUCCAUGAUCCGCGCCUCGCGGAAUAAGAACACGGCGCUCAACGGCGCGGUGCCGGGGCCACCCAACCUGCCGGGGCAGACCACCAUCCAGGUGCGGGUACCCUACCGCGUGGUGGGCCUGGUGGUGGGGCCCAAGGGCGCCACGAUCAAGCGCAUCCAGCAGCAGACGCACACGUACAUCGUGACGCCCAGCCGCGACAAGGAACCUGUGUUCGAGGUGACCGGCAUGCCCGAGAACGUGGACCGCGCUCGCGAAGAGAUCGAGGCGCACAUAGCCCUGCGCACUGGAGGCAUCAUUGAGCUCACGGACGAGAACGACUUCCACGCCAACGGCACGGAUGUGGGCUUCGAUCUGCACGGCGGGUCCGGCGGGUCCGGCCCAGGCAGCCUGUGGAGCAAGCCCACCCCCAGCAUCACGCCCACCCCCGGCCGCAAGCCUUUCUCCAGCUACCGCAACGACAGCUCCAGCUCUCUCGGCAGCGCCUCCACAGACUCUUACUUCGGCGGGGGUACGGGGGGCAGCGCGGCCGCCACCCCGCGCUUGGCGGACUACAGCCCUCCUAGCCCUGCGCUCAGCUUUGCCCACAACGGGAACAACAACAAUGGCAAUGGAUACACCUACACUGCAGGGGAGGCUUCCGUGCCUUCCCCCGAUGGCUGUCCGGAGCUCCAACCCACCUUCGACCCGGCUCCCGCCCCCCCGCCUGGGGCGCCCCUUCUCUGGGCCCAGUUCGAGCGGUCCCCUGGAGGCGGACCUGCAGCUCCCGUCUCUUCUUCAUGCUCUUCCUCUGCGUCUUCAUCAGCUUCCUCGUCUUCAGUGGUCUUUCCCGGGAGCGGCGCCAGCGCGCCCUCCAACGCCAACCUGGGGCUGCUGGUGCACCGCCGGCUGCACCCGGGCGCCAGCUGCCCACGCUUGUCCCCGCCCUUGCACAUGGCCCCGGGGGCGGGCGAGCACCACCUGGCUCGCCGGGUGCGCAGCGACCCGGGCGGAGGGGGCCUGGCCUACGCGGCCUAUGCCAACGGGCUAGGGGCGCAGCUGCCGGGCCUGCAGCCUUCCGACACGUCCGGCUCCUCGUCGUCCUCCAGCUCCUCCUCCAGCUCCUCCUCCUCCUCCUCCGGGUUGCGGCGCAAGGGCAGCCGCGACUGCUCCGUGUGCUUCGAGAGCGAGGUGAUCGCCGCUCUGGUGCCCUGCGGCCACAACCUCUUCUGCAUGGAGUGCGCCAACCGCAUCUGCGAGAAGAGCGAGCCCGAGUGCCCAGUCUGCCACACCGCGGUCACUCAGGCCAUCCGCAUCUUUUCCUGAGGGCAGUGCGCUUGCGCGCCCCGCGCCGGGGCGGGGAGGACCCUCCUCUCCAUCCUCGCUCCCCGCGCGCGCGCGCCCGCCCGCCUCCCCGGUGCCCGACCUUCUCCUCCCCGCCCCGCUCGCACUCUGCGAUCCGAGAGGAGCUUGGAAAGCUGCAGUAUCCACUCCGUGUCACCUUUUAAGUGUUCAGCCAAGGAACUUGCCGGGAUGUCUGCAUCGAGAGUACUGUAGCCUGGGAAACCUGCGCACCACCUGCAAUGCAUGCUUUAUAAAUAAUAGGAACGGCGACCUUCUAGUAACGAUAGUUUUUACACUGUACUUAAUAGGAAGCUUCCGAGAGAAGACAACCCCACGAGUGUUCCAUUUUCUUAAACAGUAGGAGAGCAGUGAACAGUAAUUAUUAUGGAGAUGAUAAGAAUAGUGCUAUGGGAUGUGUAGACUUGUCUUAGUGUGUACCCCUGUGUGGCUGGGUUCCGACGACGCUUGCUCUAGGACACAGCGGACCCUUUCUGAAUGUCCGCGGGAGGGCCCGACGUUCCUGUGAAGGAUACUGCAGCUUUAUUAAAGUUAAAGAAACUGUAACAUAUCUCUUAUAUAUGAAAAAAAAAAAACACACGAAACGUUUAAAAGUUUUAAAGAGAAAU